AUGAUAACUUACUUGUUCGCUUUAAGGAAUUGUAAAAAUUCACAAUAUAACAACUGUAAAGAAGCAACAAAAAUAUGUUUCUGUAAAAUUAUGCAUUUAACAGUCAAGUCUUUAUUGUGA